GCGGCGGCGGCGGCGGCGGCGGGCGGCGGGCGGCGGGCGGCGGGCGGUGGUGGCGAUGCUGUGGCCGCGGCUGGCGGCUGCCGAGUGGGCGGCGCUGGCCUGGGAGCUGCUGGGCGCUUCGGUGCUGUUGAUCGCAGUGCGCUGGUUGGUGCGGCGGCUGGAGAAGCGGUCGCGCGGCCUGGGCCGGAACGGGCGGCCCGCCCCGUCGCCCCACGCGGCCGCGGAUCCGGCCCCCAACCCAGGUGAAAUGACAAUGGAUGCCAUCUUGGCUCGACUGAAACUCCUGAAUCCAGAUGAUCUUAGAGAAGAAAUUGUCAAAGCUGGAUUGAAAUGUGGGCCCAUUACAUCAACCACAAGGUUCAUUUUUGAGAAGAAAUUAGCCCAGGCUUUAUUAGAGCAUGGGAGAGCACUGUCUUUGCACCCUCCUGACCAUGACGCCUUGGGUGCUGCCGCCGCCAGCCAGGACACACAGAAGAUCUUGAAGUCAGCUGUAGGGAGUUCAGCUGAGCAGAUCAACUUUUCUGAGGACAAAGAUUUUGGUUACAGUGUGGGCUUGAAUCCUCCAGAGGAAGAUGCUGUGACAUCUGAGAUCCUCUCGGUGCCCUUCAGUGUCAUGGCUGGGGUGGAUGGCCACAAAGCUGUGGCGAGGGCCUCUACAGAGCCACCUCUGUACUAUGGGGUGUGCCCAGCGUAUGAGGGUGCCCCAGCGAGAAAUGAAAGGAUUCAUGUUUAUGAAGAUAAAAAGGAAGCGUUGCAAGCUGUCAGAAUGAUCAAAGGAUCACGAUUUAAGGCUUUUUCAAGCAGAGAAGAUGCUGAGAAAUUUGCUAGAGGAAUCUGUGAUUAUUUCCCUUCUCCAAGCAAAACCUCUGUACCCCUUUCUCCUGUGAAAAUAACACCACUUUUUAGCAGUGGGGGCUUAAAAGAUGGUUUGUACUUACCUGAGUCCGAAACAGUAAACAAAGAGCGAGCAAACAGUUACAAAAACCCCCGCACACAAGAUCUCACUGCCAAACUCCGAAAAGCUGUAGAGAAAGGGGAUGAAGACACCUUUUCCGAUCUUGUCUGGAGUAAUCCCCGGUACCUGAUCGGGUCAGGGGACAACCCAACCAUAGUACAGGAAGGUUGUAGGUAUAAUGUCAUGCAUGUUGCUGCCAAAGAGAAUCAGGCUUCUCUCUGUCAGCUGACCCUAGAGACUCUAGAAAACCCUGAAUUCAUGAGGCUUAUGUACCCAGAUGAUGAGCCGAGCAUGCUGCAGAAGCGCAUUUGUUACAUCAUCGAUCUGUACCUGAACACUCCUGACAAAAUGGGCUAUGACACACCAUUGCAUUUCGCUUGUAAGUUUGGGAAUGCGGAUGUGGUCAACGUGCUUUCUGCACACCCUUUGACUGUAAAAAGCCCAAGGAAUAAAUGUGAUAAAACACCGGAAGAUGUUAUUUGUGAAAGAAGCAAAAACAAGUCUGUGGAACUGAAGGAGCGGAUUAGAGAAUAUUUAAAGGGUCACUACUACGUACCACUCCUGAGAGCAGAGGACACGUCUUCUCCAGUGAUUGGGGAGCUGUGGUCUUCAGACCAAACAGCCGAGGCCUCUCACAUGGGCCACAGUGGGGGUGGCCCCAGAGACCCUGUUUUGACCCUGAGAGCCUUUGCAGGGCCCCUGAGUCCAUCUAAGGCAGAAGAUUUUCGUAGACUGUGGAAAACUCCGCCUCGAGAGAAAGCAGGCUUCUUUCAAAAUGUCCGGAAAUCUGACCCAGAAAGAGGCAUCGAGAGAGUGGGAAGGGAGCUGGCUCAUGAGCUGGGGUAUCCCUGGGUUGAAUACUGGGACUUUCUGGGCUGUUUUGUUGACCUGUCUUCCUGGGAGGGCCUGCAAAAACUGGAAGAGUAUCUUACUCAGCAAGGAGCAGGCAGAAAGGGCCAACAAAGCAGAGAAAGUGAAGCCUGUUGCCCGGAUGUCUCUGCCUUUGACCAUCAUGGGAAGUGCAGCAAUUCCAUCUCUGUGAGGGCAUUUCUAGAAGAAGAUGAUGAUGUGAGCUUGGAGGAGGUUAAAAAUCGGCAAAACAGAGCUCGAAACACUCAGUCCACAGUCAGUGGUUUUGGAGGCUUGGGGUGUGAUAUCCUACUCGCAGAGCAGAAAACGAACCUUCUAGAAGCCUCAGCCCAGACCAGUCCCCACAGCAACAAAAAUGGGUUUUGCAGCCCACUGAGCAGCAGCAAGACCCUGGGUGGGAAGAGGCCAAAGGCCCUGAGUGGGGACGAAGCCCUACUGUCACCGGUCUCCAGCUUGACUGUUGAAUUUGAUAAAUUGAAUUUGCAGAAUCUAGAAAGUAGCUUUUCUAAGACCCCAAAUAAAACUAUGAAAACUAAAGAGAAGAUCCUGACAUCAAGAAAGGAGGCAGUAGAAGGUGACUUACUAGGACCUCCUGCUGCUGAUAAACUUGGAAACAACCAAAUAAGGACAGAAAACGAAAUGUCAGCCACAAUUGCUAAAAUGUGCCUGAGUUCUGACAAUUCAAGGCAUGAAGUCCAGCACGUGAGCUGCAGCUCUGCAUCCUCGGAGCCUGUGGGCGUCCCCGCCACAAAGGAGCCUAUCCAGAGUCUCUUCCUUUUUGGAGAGGAGCCAUCAAAGCUGGAUCGGGACGUUCUUGCAGCCCUGGAGUGCACAGAUGUGGACCCUCACCAGUACCCCGCUGUGCACAGAUGGAAGAGCACUGUUCUGUGCUACUCACCUUCGGACAGACAGAGUUGGCCAAGCCCUGCAUUGAAAGGGAAGUUGAAGCCUCAGCUGCCAGAUGUCGUGUGCCCUCACAGCUGCAGCCCGGGGAGAAGCAGUCCCAUAGGAGGCAGCCCUGGGAAGCCCACCCCUGCACACCACUCUCCUGGCGUGGGCAGCCCCGGGCGCUACAGCCCAGCUAAUGGGGGCCACCUCCGCAGGAUGACACGUUUGACCCAGCUCGCAGCCCUGUAGGCCAGCAUAUCCUGCUGGUUCUCAUGUCAUUCAUUUUUAAAGUAAAAAGGGUAAUGCAUUUAUUGCUAAAGUUUCACAGAAAAUGUGUUUAUUUAUUAAUCCUCAUUUUGAGAGUAAAAUAAAUUUAGAAACUGGAAAUGUUCUGUAUAAAAUUUAGAUUUCUGCUAUUUUGGGAGAAGUUGAUGAAGCAAAGAGAUACAGGUAAUGACACAGACAUUCCAGUUACUGUUCCCACUUGCAUAUGUAACAGGACGGUUCUGAGCAAGUUGUGCUUCCAGAAAGUCCGGGUGGCUGCCCAGAGUGGAGUUGGCUGUGUUUGCAGCACCACCCUACAGUAGCUGUGCUCUCUUCAAUUCAGUUCUCAGUUGAGUUUGUGCCACUUCCUUCUCUGGGGAGAGUCUUCAACUUUCUAGUUUGGGGUAGGAAAUCUUCUUUGCCAGUGAGUCCCAGUUGGAGAGAGUAUUUGAUAAAGUAGAUGUCUUAGACUUGCAGUGAAAUUAAUAGUCAUUAAAAACAUUUAGUGACCAGAGGUAAAGCUAGAUUUUCUCUUGGGAAAAAUCUAGCCUUUGGGAGUCGUGCAAAUAGUUCUAGGAAACUCGCUGGCAGUCACUUAACGUCUUUGUUUCACCAGCACCUGAGUGUUGACAGCUUGCUGUUUAGUUGUCAGGGUCAGUGGUAAUUAAAUGACCUGUCAGUGGUCCCUUAAUUUAGAAGUUUAUCCUGUAUUUCAGAAUUCAUUUCAGUUGGAUUUCCUUCAUAAAAGAACAUUGUGUUUUAAUACAGAAACUAGCAGAUUGCUUUUGACAGGUUUGAACCCAGUUCAGGUACAUUAUUGCAUUUAUUUUAGCCCUGGCUGUACCCUUCCAAGGGCCUGUGCACACAGCGUGGGAGCCACCAUAGCAUCGUGUGCCCCCACUGAUGCCCCAGACCAAAGCGCCUUGUGGAAGGCUUAUUUUUUCUGGGCUCUUAUGAACAACUGCUUACUCACAAGCAGUGUUUGGUGAACAUUUCCAGUGUUUGACCCAAAAUGGAAACUUCUAGUGCUUUUGCUAACUUCAGUGCCUUUUGUAAAUCAUUUAUUUUCCUGAACUUGCUUUUUGAGAAUAUACAGUGAUACUAAGUAGGUGUGAGAUUUUUUUUCAUUCUUAAAAAUUCUGAAUUGAAAUGUGUAAAAAAAAAGUUCCUUUCAGUUGAUAACAAGAAACAGGUCAGGAGUAUUGGAAUCAGAUUUAGAUUUUAAAAUUCAAAAGGGUGUUGGUGUUUUUACUUGUGUAGCAGACUACCUGGAUGUGCGCAGAUGUGGAUGUAAGAAAAAUACAUUCUAAAAACCAGGCAUUUUAAAAAGGCAUCUGUUCUCAAAAAUCAGAAUAUAGGGCACUAUGUCCACAGUGAUCUCUUUUUUCUCUAGUCUUAUAUACCACCCUGUAUGUUGUUGUAAAUGUUCAGAUGGAAAUUAAAAUAGUGUUUUUGCCCUAAUUUUGCAGACUGCUGUCCCUGUUCUCUCAAGUUUUAGGCCUUCUUUGACUAUUUCUCCAUUUAUCUCCAUAAGAUGGCUCUGGUCCUGGCAAAUAAAUUACCAUGUGUCCUAUUGUGACUUUUAUGUUAUUUUAAACUACUUAGUGAAAUAAAUUAUUUUUAGAACCA